ACCCCAACAGUUAGCCCCCAGCUAGCUAGGAUCCAUGGACCUGGGUGUUAGGUCCUAGCUUGCGGUAUGGUCUGUUCUAGGUGGAAUUAGACGUAAUCGUUUGUCGAAAGAUUGAAGGUGAAUAGUAAAAAAAUUGUAUACGUAAGGGAAGUAAGUUUUUCAAAUUCUUUACUCACUUCUUCCCUUAAGAAAAGAUUCCUCCAAGAUAGAAAUUUUUUCUCCAAGAUCUCUCUUUGCCCAAAGAAAAUGUCUUCAAGAAAAGGAUCUUCAAACGCACCCCUCACGCCGAGCAUGGUCUCUCCCAACUACCUUACGACUCUCAGGGACUUUUACCAGAUUCCAAGUGGAGUCCUAUUUCGGAUCCCAAGUGGCAACGAGAGUGCAAAAAACCCUCCGGAAGGUUUCUUUACUUGCUACGAGGCCUUCCUGGUGUAUUGCCGCAUGUGGUUUCCGAUCUCUGGUACCAUCGUCCGCGCGCUUCACCACAUUGGGCUUUCGAUCAGCCAGCUAAGCGUUCCGGCCUUGCAGCAUUGGCUCGGCGUGUUGAUCUCGAGUUACGAGCUAUGAAUGGAUCUUAACCCUGGCGACUUCGAGGGAUUUUGGUCUACGAGAGGAACGGGGAUCGAUGGCUCAUACCGCAUGGCGCCAAAAAAGGACAUGGCUAUAAUUCAGGGGCACACUUCACAUCCUAAGACAUGGUUCGAGCGCUUUUUCUUUGUCCGGAUAGAUGGGGAGUCUGGCGAGGAGAGCUACCUCCACCUAUUCCGUUUGGGACUGGAACUUCACCCGUGGUAAUACGAAUAGCUAUGUUUUUCGUUUUGAUACCUUGAAAACAUGCGAAGAUGAUUUUUUUAUUAUCUUGCAGUGAACAGGAUCCUUCCGCCGACUCCUGCCGAUCUUUUUGCCAAGCGAGAUCUUCUCCGCGGCAGACCGUUCUUCUGGAAUUCCUUCACCGUUUAACGGAUUCGAAGCGCGGUGGAGCUCCAUCGAUCUCGAGCCAUCUCUCAGCCUCUUGACGUUCCGUAUGAUGUAGAACCGGUCAUUGAUAUCUUGCCUGCUCAGAGGCAGAGAACCAGGUCUCGGAAAGGCAAGGGAGUUGCUUCUGAGAAUGUCUUGGGAAACCCUCCGCUGCCAGAAUGGAACCCUAGUUUCUCCCCAGGGGAAAGGAGUGGAACCACCGAGGUUCCCCCUCCCAGCGGCUUUUUUGCCGACCUCCCUCCCGGUUUUACUACUCAUGAGUCGCUGGACGAAGAGUCGAGGAGGAAAGUAGUCGCCGAAGGCUUCAGCUUAAUCAACGAGGGGAUGAGGGUGUUCAAUGCGGCGCUCGACGGAUGUUUCCGGGAGUCGCGUAUCUCUCACUUCAAAGCCGAGGAGGCUGAAAGAGAACUCUUUCGGUUUCGGAAGGAGGUCGAAGAACAGAGCCGGAAACAGGCUGAGCUCCAUUCUAGGGCCCUUGUCCGUGCGGAGAGGAGAGGAAAGAGAGCGAUUGUCGCCGAAAUGAAGCGGAGGGCUGCUUUGUUUGCCACCGAAUUCGAGAGCUUUAAGGAUGCUCAAGAAUUCGUGGGCGAUUUUCGCGAGUGUCGUGGCUCGGUUGCUACCCUCUACAAGUCGCAGAACGAGGACUUCUCUUUUCCUGCCGAUGUCGCUCAGAUGUCGGGUCUUAUGAAUGGGUGUGCCCAUUCCGAAUCCUUGGUUCCUCCGAUCGAAGGAAGGGUCCGACAGCUCUGGGAUUCCAUCGAGGUCUCGGAGGACACGGUGGAAGCGGGAACCGGUGUUGGUGAUGAAGGUGCCGGAGUCGCGGACGGAGAGGUGGACCAGCCUGCGAGCUCGUUCGGGGUCUCCAUGUCCGGGUUCUUCGACUUUGAGCUUUGAGGAUUGUUGGGAUUUUUCCCAUAGUUUUAUUUCGAGGUUUGAUGUAUCUAGGCCGAGUGUGGCCGUAUUUGAUUUAUGUGUGUUAUGGCCUUGCGAGGCUAUGUGAACUAUGUGUUUGAGACCGGCCGUUUGGUGGCUUUGGGUCCUAGCCAUUUUUUUCGGCUUCUAUAUAUAUGAUGAAUGAUUGACA